AUGUAUAAGCUGGUCUCUUGUUGUCUGCUUUUCAUAGGAUGCUUACAACCUCUCUUCUCUCUGCCCGUCCCCGACUCCAGAAAAGAGGCUCUGAAGUUCUCAGCACAUGAUGGAGACACAAGAUCAACCCUGGAUGAACUGGAAAGAGUGUCCCUCCUGCAAAUGCUGGAGAUGUUAGGGGCAGAGAGAGGGGACAGUCUUAGGAAAGCAGGUCUCGGUACCGGCACUGCUAGCCCUCGGGGAAGUAUGAGGCAGUUUCAGGCUUUCUUUGGACAAGAUCCUAACGUUUUCCUGACUCGUCUUUUGGCCAGAAUCAGGAAACAAUAUAAGAAACGUGGCUCUCCCUCUGAAUGCUUCUGGAAAUACUGCGUCUGAAGUAAAACGGAUAUCCACUAGUCAACUCAAAAACCACCACCUUAGAAAGUUAAAGAUAAAAAUGCCUGAUUUGAAAAUAGUAUAGAAAAAACCCUAAGCAAACUAUACCCUGUUCAUUAUUACUUGGAAAAAUAAAUCCUCUAUGUUUUGCAAGUAACAUG